CUCUUCAAAACUCCCAAUUUCUCGGUCACUCAGGAGGAAUUUCCCUUUCUCCAGAUUCCUGAGAAGGACAAAACUGCAGCUGGCAUAAAUAUGACCAACAAAACAUCCUGGACAGGCGAGGUGGACCUGGAGCCUGGAGACUUGAUCGAGAUCUUCCGGAAGGGAUAUCAACACUGGGCAGUCUACGUUGGUUUGGGUGAAGUUGUCCAUUUGGCUCCGCCAAGUGAAUGUGCAGGAGCUGGCGCUGCCAGCUGCAAGUCGCUCUGGGCCAACACAGCAAUGGUGAAGAAGGAAAAGCUGUCCGACGUGGUAGGGACAGACCGCUACCGUGUCAGCAACAAGCACGAUUCCAGAUAUACUGUCCGCACCCCAGAUCAGAUUAUCUCUAUUGCAAACGGUCUGGAGGGCAAAACAGUGGAAUAUAAAAUCACCAGCCAGAACUGUGAGCAUUUUUCCAACUCCCUGCGCUACGACGUGGCCCGGAGUGACCAAAUCCGGGAUGUGGCAUUGAUAGGAAUGUCAGCAGCUUUGGUCCUGCUGUUAGUCUGAAGAUCUAGCAAGGAGAACUUUAACCUGGCUUCAAGGAAGAGUCACUGAGAAUUCACUUUUUCCAAUAUUAUUUGUUUGCCUUCUUCCUCUUUGUCUCUCUCUCUCUCUCUCUCUCUCUCUCUCUCUCCAUCUUCUCUUCCUUUUUCUUGAGAUAAGCGUUUCUCACAAGAAAAAUCUAUGCUUGGUGCUCUCCUCUCCAGUUUCUUUUUUCUUUCUUUCUUUCUUUCUUUUUUUAAAAAAAGUUUUUAUUUUUUAAAAGAACUAUAAACACUCCAUCUUCCCUUAAACAGUGUGCCGUCUGGGUCAGUGGUGAAAUCCAAAUUUCUUUACUACCGGUUCUGUGGGCGUGGCUUGGUGGGCAUGGUGUGGCUUGGUGGGCGUGAUUUGGUGGGUGUGGCAGGGGAAGGAUACUGCAAAAUCUCCAUUCCCACCCCACUCCUGGGGAAGGAUACUGCAAAAUCUCCUUUUGCAGGGGAAGGAUACUGCAAAAUCCCCAUUCCCAGCCCACUCCAGGGGAAGGAUACUGCGAAAUCUCCAUUCCCUCC